AUGCCAGUGCACUUCCACCGAGGCCUCUACCACCACGUGCUGCCCUCCCUUGCCUGCUCUCCGCCCUCCACUCCCCCCACCACUGCGCUCGCCACUCCCACCACAAGUACGCUCGCCAACCCUUCCAUCAUUACUGCAGUGCGCCCCCCCACCUCACUGCACCACUCGCAGCACGCAUCUCCCCUCUCUCACAGCGACCAGCCACAGCAGCCUUCCGAUUUCCACCACCCCUCUCAUCAGCAGCACCGGUCCUGCCACUGCCACGCGCUGCUCUUCCUCCCGAACGCGGGCCUGCCUGCCUUCCCCUCCUGGCGAGACACGCUGGUGAGUGGGAAAACAAGAGGGAGGGAGGGGGGCUGGGUGGAUCCUCAUGCUGUGUGGAGUGCUGUGCUGCCAGCACUCAUCGCGGCCCACAGCCACGAGGCAGCACAGCGAGCCACAGAGAAAGAGAGGCACCACCUGUCCUCUGCUCCACCCCAUGCUGCCCCCCUCUUCUCCCCACGCCUCAAGCUCCCAGCGCUCAGCACGGAUUACAGCUGUGAGGCAGCAGAAAGAGCCAGGGAGGCACUCUGCUCGCUGGCUGCUGAUGUGCAACGCGGCGGCAAGGGAGGGGUUGCUGCGGCUGCAGUGCUGCAACCUGUCAUAAGCGAGGUAGGCACCCUCUCCCCUCUCUCCUCGCCGCACACCAUGGCAGGUGUAUCUGCACCCCUUCCGCAUACCCUUCGCCCAUCUAAGUCCAGCCUCGCGCUGCCCUCCUUGCCCAACUGCUUCUACUUCACUCUCACCUUCCGGGUUGCAACCACUGGUGCUGAUGCACGCGCUAAAGAGAUGAGUGCAUGA